AUGGCUACCUCACUCGCCGCCGAUAAACCCCAUCUGCCGCCCGUUGAAGCGGAUAUGAACGACCCUUUCGUAUCCCCGCCUGGCCCAGCCCACAAUCGCUACUCUACCUACGAUAGUCAAUCCUUCAGCUCAUCGCCAGGCCAGGCGAAGCGCGCAUUACAAGCACAUAUUGCAGAUACCGAACGACGCCUUGACGAAGCCGGAAAGCUAGGAACCGCACUGGUCCACCAGCGCAAGGAACUUGCAGAACGACUGAAGGAAGUGGAAGAGCAGGAGACAGAAGGCGAACUCGCUCCCGAGUUACGCGCCAAGCUUGCCGAUAUCGAGAAGGAGUACAACGAUGUUGCGCGAGAGACUGCCAGGGCUUUCUUGCCCAAGCAGAGAGUCCCCAGCAAUGAAGCCGCUGGAGGUUCACCCUACGUCCCUGACGGAAGAAUAGGAAGACGUUCCGUCAGUCCAUCCAAAUUUGAGAAGCUCGAGAUUCAGGCCACCGGAUCGCCUAGUAAGCUCAGUGUCCCGAACCGCAAAGUUAGAAACCAGCCCGCCAAUCGCAUCCACGAUAUCGAGUUUGCCGCCGAAAUCAGCACAUCCUUGAUUGCCCAGGUUCGCAACCUCCAAUCACUCCUGUCCGAAAAGGAUGAGGAGCUUCGCGACAUCAAGGUCGACAAGUCCAAACUUGAGAUCGAGAACGAGAACUUUCAACAACGUGUUAAGACUCUGGACGAAAGCGAGAAUCGAUACAAGGACGAGAACUGGAACCUCGAGACUCAGAUCCAUGACUUGAUCGCUUCGCAAAAGGACGCCGCGGAUCGGGAGAAGAAGCUCACGCAAAGUCUCAAUGUCCUCCAGGCCGAGAAGAACUCGGCGCAGAAGGAGCUUGAUGAUGCUAAGGUCUCACUUGCCAAGCUCGCCGAGGAGCAUGAGCGAGCUGUGAAGCACCUGGACCUCGACUUGACCACCGCAAAGCGAAAUGCGGCCACGGCGGAAACCGAGAGAAAUGCCUUGCGAAGAAAGGUUGAUGACUUGAUGAGCCAGAACACGGAGCUCGCCAAGGCCAUUUCAGUCCAGCGCGGCCGCAUGUCUGAUCGCGACUUUGUUCGUGGCGUUAGCGACGAGGACUUUGAGACUGCGACGGACGGAUUUACCCCCGAGCACUCACCGCCGCCCUCGCCCAUCAAGGGUACUCCUCGCCACGCUAUGCUCGAGUCCGAGACUCUCAAGAGCUCUCUGUUGCACGCCCAGCGAACUAUUCAGAGCCAAAAGACUGUCAUUCACCGUGAGAAGACCGAGAAGCUCGAGCUUAAGCGACUCCUCCAGGACACGCGCGAUGAGUUGGAGAAGCUUCGUACUGACGCCGCCCCCGCCCCUGCUCGUCGCACCCGCAAGGUUGAGUCGCGAGAGUUCAAGAAGCCGUCCCGCGGCUUGCUCGGCGGUCACCGUAGCAGCAGGAACGAGGUCUACCAGGACGACAACGAAUGGGAAGAGGCCACCGAAAUUGGUAGCCCGAGAACUUCACCCACCAUUCGCUCCAACUCCACCGUCCGCAGACCCGGCAGCCGACCCGGCAGCAGCUACAGACCCCAAUUCACCGACGUCAGUGACGCUUUCGAGACUGCCAACGAGACUAGCGACGCUGCCUUUGAGACUGCCAAUGAGCGUGGCACGGAGACGGAGGACUUCCAGACCGGCGUGGAGGACUUCUCUGGAGGCGACGACACCGAGACUGAGACAGAAAGCCCGUCUAAGGGUCGUGAGCUGCGUCCCCAGACUCUUGUAAUGGGAGGAGGGCGGAACUCGUACGAUAGCACUGCGUCAACCUCAGCCGAUGAGGAUGAAGAGUACAUCGAGUACAGGACGCCAACGUCGCAGUACAACAACCAGCGCAUGCGUGUCAGACUUGGACGAGGAUUGAUGAAUCGCCGUUCUAGGCAGGUCAGCGAGGAGCCAAACUUCCAGAGUAGCCCUGCCAGUGCUGCUACAGGCAGCGCUACCGGAACACCACAGCCUACGGAGGGCCAAAGCUUGUUCGCAGAGCUCGGCGAGCUUGAGAACAGUGAUGCUGAGAGCAUUGAAGAGACACCAAGCCGUGCUAGAUCCGCCACCGCCGAUUCGACAUCCACCCCGGCAGUUCCCACUCUGUCUCACGACUCGGUCAACACCGGCAGCAUGACGGACCCUAUUAAGAGAGCGGCCGCAGCUUCAAGGCCCUUGAUGGUCGACUCUGGUAUGAUGACAGAGCCCAUGAUUGAGUCGCCUCCGUUGUCCCCUGUCAGUGUUGUUCACGAUGAGAAGGCCGAGUCCUUGGGAUCUAUGAUGGCCGCUGGCCAGGUCGCCCGUCACUUAUCCCAAGACGAUGCCACAGACGGAGUGCGCUCCAGACCGUUGUCUACGCUGUCGUACAGUGACUCUGGUGCUCAGUACGAUCGGGAUAUGGAGGCUAAGCUGGCACAAUUCCCAAUGCCGCCAUCUAGCCCGCAGCACUUUGUUCUGCCGCCGCCUCCUGAGCUCAGUCUGUCAUUCAUCGACGCUCAGGAUAUCGAGCCAAUUGUUGAGCCCGUGACGCCACCUCCUGCUCCAGCUCCUUUAACCAUGACAUCUCUCGUGUCAGAAAUCGUUGAGCCCGUUGCAGAGCCUGAGGUUCCGGCUCCUGUUCUGGCAUUCACUCCGCUUGUCUCGGAGAUCGUCGAGCCGAAGGCUGAACUCCCGAUCUUGCCUCCGACCCUGAGUAUCUCGACAUAUCUCUCAGAGGCGGUUGAGCCAGUGGCCGAACCUGAGGUGCCGCCUCCGGCCCUGAGUCUGUCGGCUCUUCAUGCCCACAACCUUGAGCCCGUGGCCGAGCCCGAGAUUCCCCCACCGACGCUCUCAUUAUCAGCCCUGCAUGCUCAUAACCUUGAGCCUGUUGCAGAGCCUGAGACACCACUUCCUGCUCUUAGCCUGUCGGCGCUGCACGCCCACAACUUGGAGCCGGUUGCCGAGCCCGAGGUUCCUCCCCCAGCUCUCAGCCUUUCUGCUUUGCACGCACACAACCUCGAACCCGUUGCGGAGCCCGAGGUCGUGAUCCCGGUGCCAGACCUUACCUUGUCGGCCCUCUUGUCCGAGCACAUUGAGCCCAAGGAGGAGCCUGAGACGUCCAGAUCUCUCGCGGCGAUCCCUGCUCCCAUCCCCGUGCCAAUCUCAGCACCAGCGCCAACCCUCACUCUCUCAUCAAUUGCGUCCGAGAACGUGGAGCCGCGAGAAGAGCCCGAAGUCCCUGUCGUUGUGCCCACGCUCAGUCUUUCAGCAAUCGCCACUGAGCAUGUCGAGCCCAAGGCAGAGCCUGAAGUUGUCCCACUGGCGCCAACACUCAGCCUCUCAGCGCUGUACUCUCACAACCUGGAACCUCGAGCAGAGCCCGAGGCGUUGCCUCCUGCUCUCAGCCUGUCGUCCAUCGUGGCCGAGGAUGUAGAACCCAAGGCCGAGCCCGAGAUCAUACCGGAGGUACCGGCGCUCUCGUUCUCGUCUAUUGCAGCUGAGAACAUUGAGCCAAAGGCAGAGCCUGAGGUGGUUGUGCCGGCCCCAGUACUCGGCCUCACUUCGAUUUCUUCCGAGAACAUCGAGCCCAAGGCCGAGCCUGCGCCAGCUCUUACCAUGUCUUCGAUCUCAUUCGCAAACAUUGAGCCUAUCGCAGAGCCGGCGGUGUUGCCACCAUUGCCCCCAGCCCUCACACUCUCUUCCAUCUCAUCGGAGAACAUUGAGCCCAAGGCAGAGCCUGAGAUUCCAGCUCCUCCGCCCGCACUCCUCGCGUACUCGACCAUCUCAUCUGAGCACGUCGAGCCUCGUGCUGCUCCUCAGCCUGUUCUGGACUUCUCAUCGGUGUUAUCUCAGCACGUAGAGCCCGCCAUGGCGCCAGAAACCGUGGCGCCCAAGCCCAAUUUCGGUUUCUCCACGAUCGAGUCAAUUGAGACGCAGCCCAUCUCGCCCAGAAGCCCGAAGCGGGAUGCUUUUAUUCUUCCCCGCGACAUGGAUUCGCCAUUCGAUGAGAAGGAUGCGCCAAGGACGCCGUCCAAGAAUGCUCUAAUGAGCUCCGUCUUUGGUCGGGGAAAGAACAAGGCCUCCGACAGCCUUAUUAUUGCGGAGGACGACACUCGGCAAUCGCCUACCGACGAACGUCUGUCCGAGACUCCCGAGUCUCAGCGGCCGUUCAAGGAGAUUUCAACUAACGCCACCGGCCGCCCUGCACCCAAAGUCAUCGUUCCCAUGUCGGAUUCGGGCGCUCAGACUUCCCUGACCGCUGAUGCAAUCGAUGAGAUGCUCCUCGCAAAGACCAAGGCCACGUCCGACAAGUCAUUGUCGAGCUUCGGCACCCCGAGCACUCCCGGCACCGUUCGCAUUCGCCGUCCUUCCCACGACAGCCUCAGCAGUUUCUCCACCGAGAAUAAGAUGGAUACAGCAUUCAGAAGGCCAGGAAGUGCCAACAGCAACCUCGCGCCUACUCAACCGCUACCUCCGCUCCCGCCCAAUCACAAGGAAGCCAUUGAGGCUGCGAGAACUGGAUCAUCCCAUAGUGCGGUUAUGGGCCCUCCCUUGUGGCCUGCCUCUGCCAUGAGAAACCAGCGACCACAGACUCCCAACGGCGCCGCCAGACCGCAAUCCCCGCUGUCGAUCUCGACAUCAAUGAAGGCAACGCCUGUUGCUCGCGGCACGCGCGCUGGUUCAGCGUACGGCACCGCUGAGGUUCACUCGCCGACUAAGUUGUCUACUAUGAGCAGACACUCUUCGGUGUCGUCGUUUGUCUCUGAGAUUGACCACCGUUUCAACCCUCAGGCUGAGCUGGCUGCCGCAACAGGCUUCGGUCCUAACACCGAUCCCCGUAUGAUCCAGGCCAUCACGCAAACCAUGAUUGGCGAGUACUUAUGGAAGUACACCCGCAAGGCCGGCAGGGGAGAAAUGUCCGACAACAGACACAGACGCUACUUCUGGGUUCACCCAUAUACUCGCACUCUGUACUGGAGUGACCGAGACCCGGCCACUGCCGGUCGUUCUGAGCUUCGCGGCAAGAGUGUGCCCAUCGAGGCUGUUCGCGUGGUCACUGACGAUAACCCAAUGCCGCCCGGCCUGCACCGCAAGAGUUUGAUCGUCAUCUCUCCCGGCAGAACUAUCAAGUUUACCUGCACGACUGGCCAGCGCCACGAGACGUGGUUCAACGCUCUGUCGUAUCUCCUGCUUCGCACAACCGACGAGGGUCAGUCCGAUGUCGAGGAGAUGGCCGGUGCCAUCACUCAAGCCGAUGUAGACGAGUUCAACCCGCAAUUUGGCCGUCGCACCAACUCCACGGCUCGUCCCAGGCCGCCUCCGUCUCUGUCAUCAUACAACUCACGGACAACUCGUAAUCAGUCUCCGGCAGUCGACAUGUCAAUGAACGUGCCUACGCUUACCCCGAACAAGCACUCGAUUGCUCAAGCUCAGAGACCCACCAUGGCUGGUAGGAUUAGUGGCUACUUUGGCACCUUCUCGAGUCUGAGGAGCCGCUCCGCUGCGGCCCCGACCCCAAGUAUCUACGAGGCCAGCGAGGUGCACGACAGCGCCGAAGACCUCCGAGAGAUUAUUGAGAGACAGGAUCGGGACGCCGACCGGCUCGAGAACGUGCGCGCCUGCUGCGAUGGCAAGCACGAUGUUGGUACUCUUCACCACCACCCUAAGAGGGGUCGACCUUCCGGCGCCCAUUCUCACUCUCACUCUCACUCCCAAUCUGGACCAUCAACAUCUGCCACACCCAUGAGCACCGUAAGGGCGCGAUCAUAA